AUGCAACAACCACCACCGUGGUUACUAGUCGGUACGCCCUUGCUAAUACUAUGGACUAUAUGGAUAAGCACAUAUACAGGAACAGACCUUCUUAACAACUCAUCGCCAAAGCUACAUGGAAACUUUCUGCAUAUCACCGACCUCCAUCCUGACCCAAACUACAAGACAAACGCUACUGCUCGUUCGUCGUGUCAUAGGCGGAAAAAUGACACGAGCAUACUGAAAAAACCACCUCAUAUGAAGGUGGGAAGGUCUGGUGCGUGGGGUGCUCCUGCGACUAUUUGUGAUACUCCGAUUCGGCUAAUUAACGCUACGUUUGAUUGGCUUGCUACCAACUGGGCCGACAAUCUUGAUUUUAUUAUAUGGACUGGUGAUAGUUCAAGACACGAUAGCGAUGAGAAAAAACCACGAAAAUUCGAAGAAAUAUUGGAACUUAAUCAAAUGAUGGCCGACAAAUUUUUAACGGCAUUCUCGGCCACCAAACAUCUUCAUCCACGUCGUAACAAGAAAGCACCAAAACUCAUACCAAUAGUACCAUCGCUCGGAAACAACGACGUCUAUCCAAGCAACAUCAUCGAACAAGGGCCAAACAACAUUCUCGACUCAUACAUGAAUAUUUGGUCGCCGUUCAUCCCAAAGUCCCAGCUCGACUCCUUUAAACGCGGCGGAUACUACGUGUCCGAAGUUAUCCCGAAAAAAUUGAUUGUUGUGUCGAUGAAUACGCUUUACUUUUUCGAGUCAAAUACCGCGGUGAGAGGGUGCCAAGCGCCUGAUGAACCUGGCACGAUCGAGAUGCAAUGGUUGAAUAAAGUGUUGCAUAAAGCGCGGAAGAAAGGUAUGAAAGCUUAUGUGAUUGGACAUGUGGCGCCAUCGAAAAAGCGAUAUACGCGAUCUUGCUGGAACAAAUACGGAAGAAUAGCACACAAGUAUCAUGAUAUUAUAUUAGGACAUUUGUAUGGCCAUGCGAACAUGGAUCAUUUCUAUUUCAUCAGAAGUAAAAGUGGCAAAACAAAAACUCCAUUCAGUCCAACGAUAAACAGCAAAGAGGAUGAUAGCAAUUAUGAAACAAUCGUUGAAGAAGAAUCAAAUACUGCUGAGCCAGUUGAACCAUCAUCAUCUUCGUUGUCGGAAGAGGUCCAAACAGAAGAAAAUGGCGAAGACGACAAAGUAAAAGCAAAUGUCUACGAUAUUGAUAAUUAUGUUCAUCGUCUACUUGAUCACUAUAAAGAGGUACCACCAAUAACUGAAAAAAUGGCUUACGAUUACUCAGUGAUUAAUGUGAAUCCUUCAGUUAUCCCGACAUUUUUCCCUGCUCUUCGAAUUUAUCAGUAUAACACCACCGAGUUAACAAAUGUCAAUAAUGUGGACACCACAUCCAAGAAAUCGUAUAAGGAAGCAAAUGAAAAUCCCCAUCAAAUACCCGAAUAUGAAGUCGAAUACACAACAAAAGGUGAUUAUCAAAUGACCGACCUCACAAUAAAUAGCUGGCUUGGUCUUGCACGUCGAAUUGCAGGUGACGGAAUAAAAGGCAAGCUGUGGAAGAAAUUUCGUAAUCAUAUAAUGGUUGGAACACGUGAUGUCGUAAAGAAUCGAAAGGCUGUUAUGAAGUGCGAACAAGGCAGGGAUUGUUCUCGGGUUAAAGCACCUGAAGAUUAUCUUGCCUCGCUUGGUGAAUACUAA